CUUUCAACCCUGGAAGCAAAAAAAUGUCCCAAAGAGUGCAGCUGUGACGGCACCCAGCUCACGGUGGCCUGCGUUGACAAGAACCUGACGGAAAUCCCGCCGUCUGUAGACGAGAUUACACUGAAACUGGACCUGAGGAAUAACAACCUGCAGGUGCUGCCCAGGGGGGCGUUCACACACACGCCCUACCUGACCCACCUCAACCUGCAGCGCUGCAACAUCAUCAAGGUGAAGGAGGGGGCCUUCCGGACCCUCGGCCGUGUGGUGUCCCUGAAUCUGGCCCACAACAAAAUAGACAUCCUUUACCAGGAGUCCUUUGACGGCCUCUCCUCCCUGAAGGAGCUCCAUCUGGACCACAAUCGUAUCGAGGAGAUCCAGCCCGGUGCCUUCACGCAGCUUGGCUUCCUCAACAUGCUGACGCUCAGCCACAACCAGCUGGUCUACAUCCCCAACAUGGCCUUCCAGGGCCUUCACAACAUCAACUGGCUUCGUCUGAGCCACAACUCCUUGAACAACCUGGCGCCAGAGGCUUUCGCCGGAUUGUUCACCCUCAACCGCCUCAGCCUGGAUCACAACGAGCUGCAGUUCUUCCCCACGCAGACGAUGACGAGGCUCCGCGAGGUCACACAUCUGGACAUGAGCCACAACCCCAUGAUCUACCUCGGGGAGGAGUCGGUUUCCAUGGCCAAGCUCACGCACAUCUACCUCAACCACAUGUCCCUGCAGGACCUGUCGGACCAGGCUUUGUCCGGAGCCCCCCUUCUCUCCCACGUGGACCUCAGCCACAAUCAGCUUCGUUACCUGGAGCCCCUCUCGGGCCCCAAGGACCUAACCAGCCUCAACCUGACUGGGAACCAGAUCUACUGUAACUGCUACAUGCGGCCCCUGAAGGAGUGGGCCAGAGCCGGAGGUGUGGAGCUGCUGGGGGCCUGCGCCGGACCUCCUCACCUGUCAGACGAGCCGCUGCAGGCCGUGGCUCCUCUGGAUCUGCGAUGUCGCAACAGGGCGGAGGCACCAAAGGAGGAGGAGGAGGAGAAGGAGGAGGAGAAGGAGGAUGAGAGCCCUACCAACGCCCCGUCUAAACCCACAGCCAAACCCAAACAGAAAGUCAAGUGUCCAGUUAACUGUGAAUGUAAUAUUGAAGCCCAGCACGCCACUUGUGAGGAUCGGGGUCAUACUAAAGUCCCGCGAGGUUUCCCCGCCAAGACGGAGCUGCUGGACCUCCGCAGCAACCACUUCCACCACCUUCCUGCCAGCAGCUUCCCAGGCUCCAGCCAAGUGGUUUCUCUUCACUUGGAGUUCUGCAAAAUCCGCGAAAUCGAAAACGGCGCUUUCCAGGGGAUGAAAAACCUGUUUUAUCUGUACCUCUCUGACAACGACCUCACGUUCUUGGACCCCAGGGUGUUUGCUGGAACCCCUCAGCUCACCUACCUCCACCUGGAAGGGAACCGGCUGGUGCAGUUUCCUGGGUCAGCUCUGUCGCUCCUACCAAGUCUGUUUGUGCUGCAUAUGGAGCGAAAUGCCAUCUCCAAGCUAGAGCCCACAGGUCUGCUGUCCUCAACAACCCCUAGAUUGAGGGAACUGUACUUGAGCAAUAACACCAUAACUGUCAUUGCCAAGGGUGCUCUGGACUCUGCUACCCUCAGCACACUUCACCUGGAUUCAAAUCAGCUGACCGAGGUGCCCACCCAGGCUCUGUCUGAGGCCCCGAGUCUGGAGGAGCUUAACCUGUCUCAAAACUCUGUUCGUCGGGUCGGACCGAAAGCAUUCCAGCCCGUACACCAAAGCCUGAAGAGGCUUUACAUGGAUCACACUGGAAUGGAGAAGAUGUCCAGCGAUGCUCUGCUGGGGCUGGGCUCGGGCCUGAGGGCUCUGACUGUCAGAGGAAACCAGCUGGAGGAGCUUCCUGACCUGAGUCCACUCACCGGCCUGGAUUUGAUUGACCUGCGGGACAACCCCCUGCUGUGCGACUGUCCUCUGUUGCCCCUGCGCAGGUGGAUGGAGAAGGUGAGUUUGGAGGUGAUUGCAACCUGCGGUCGCCCUCCUGAGCUCAGAGGUCAGAAGGUCACAGACGUCCACGUCUUCACGUCCUGCCCAGAAAUCAUGUCUCCUCCAGGCGAGAAGGUUGCUGUGGACCCCAAACCUCCAAAAACGAAGAAAUCCAAACCCUCCAAACUCUCAAAUUCCCCCGGAGUCAAAGCUUGGCCUGAAAGGGCCAAAGCUAAAGUGGCCAAACCAGCCAAGAAGCAGCCUCAGAGAAAACCUGUGACACCUAAAAAGACAAAGAACAAGAAGACACUGUCAUAA